CUGGACAAUCACCCAUGAUCGAUCCAGGUCAACCUACCGAACGAAUCAGACAAUCCUGUGAUGGGCGUAGGUAGUAUCCGGUUGCCUUUUGGCGAUGAUUUCAUUGUCCAAAACGCCCAGUACGUACCUGCUUUUAAGCGGAAGAACCUACUGUCUUUCAGCCAUUUAGUCAAGCUUGGAUUUCAGAUUGAUUAUAUGGACAAUUCACGGCUUUCUUUUCGCAAUCCGGAAUUCUGAUGAUCGUUUGAUGGCCAUAGCACAUGCAGAAAAGGAUUCUGAUAGUGUGUAUGUACUCCAACA